GGCUCUCGGUCACCGAGCCGAGAUCCUGGCGCGACGAGGUUCCUUUGGAAAGCGAGCUGGAGUCUGUGCUUAGCCGCCUGGGAGAGUAGGGGGGCCGCAGCGGGAAGCAGCCAGGGGGGAGACCUGGACCUGCCAGGCACAGGCAUGCCGGUGCUAUCAGAGGACUCGGGUUUGCAUGAAACCCUGGCGCUGCUGACCUCUCAGCUCAGGCCUGACUCCAACCACAAGGAGGAGAUGGGUUUCCUGAGGGACGUUUUCAGUGAGAAAAGCCUCAGUUACUUAAUGAAGAUUCAUGAGAAGCUUCGCUAUUAUGAGAGGCAAAGUCCAACCCCAGUCCUGCACAGCGCAGUGGCCCUGGCAGAGGAUGUGAUGGAGGAGCUGCAGGCCGCCUCCGUGCACAGCGAUGAGCGGGAGCUGCUGCAGCUGCUGUCCACCCCCCACCUCAGGGCUGUGCUCAUGGUACAUGACACAGUUGCCCAGAAGAAUUUCGACCCUGUUCUGCCCCCUCUGCCUGAUAAUAUUGAUGAGGAUUUUGAUGAAGAAUCAGUGAAGAUUGUCCGUUUGGUGAAGAACAAGGAACCCCUGGGUGCCACCAUCCGGCGGGAUGAGCACUCGGGGGCUGUCGUGGUGGCAAGGAUCAUGCGAGGGGGCGCAGCAGAUCGGAGUGGCCUGGUCCACGUUGGAGACGAGCUCCGAGAAGUGAACGGGAUCGCAGUCCUACAUAAGCGGCCUGACGAAAUCAGCCAGAUUCUGGCCCACUCCCAGGGAUCCAUUACCCUCAAAAUCAUCCCAGCCACCCAGGAAGAGGACCGCUUCAAGGAGAGCAAGGUGUUCAUGCGGGCCCUCUUCCACUAUGACCCUCGGGAGGACCGGGCCAUCCCCUGCCAGGAGGCAGGCCUGCCCUUCCAACGCAGGCAGGUCCUGGAGGUGGUGAGCCAGGACGACCCUACGUGGUGGCAAGCCAAGAGAGUGGGGGACACCAACCUUCGAGCCGGCCUUAUCCCCUCCAAGCAGUUCCAGGAGAGACGUCUAAGUUACCGAAGAGCCACGGGCACCCUGCCAAGUCCCCAGAACCUCAAGAAGCCCCCCUAUGAUCAGCCUUGUGACAAAGAGACCUGUGACUGUGAGGGGUACUUCAAGGGGCACUAUGUGGCUGGUCUCCGGAGGAGCUUCCGGCUAGGCUGCAGGGAGAGGCUGAGUGGCUCACAGGAAGGGAAGAUGUGCGCCAGCGCUGAGUCCCCAGAGUUACUGACCUACGAGGAGGUGGCCAGGUACCAACAGCAGCCCGGUGAGCGGCCCCGCCUGGUGGUUCUGAUUGGGUCUCUCGGAGCCCGACUCCAUGAGCUGAAGCAAAAGGUGGUGGCUGAGAACCCACAGCGCUUUGGUGUUGCUGUUCCACAUACCACCAGACCCAGAAAGAGCCACGAGAAGGAAGGGGUGGAGUAUCACUUUGUGUCUAAGCAAGCAUUUGAGGCCGACUUACAUCACAGCAAGUUCCUGGAGCAUGGUGAAUAUAAGGAAAACCUCUAUGGGACCAGCCUGGAGGCCAUUCGGGCUGUCAUGGCCAGAAACAAAGUUUGUUUGGUGGACGUGGAACCAGAAGCACUGAAACAGCUGAGGACCUCAGAGUUCAAACCCUAUAUUAUAUUUGUAAAGCCUGCAAUUCAGGAAAAAAGGAAGACACCACCUAUGUCCCCAGCUUGUGAGGACACAGCAGCCCCACUUGAUGAGGAGCAGCAAGAGAUGGCUGCCUCUGCCGCCUUCAUUGACCAGCAUUACGGGCACCUGAUGGACACUGUGUUGGUGAAGGAAGACCUGCAGGGUGCUUACAGCCAGCUCAAGGUGGUCUUAGAGAAGCUGAGCAAGGACACUCACUGGGUACCUGUUAGUUGGGUCAGGUAACUUUAUCCCAGAACAUCCAGGCUGGAGGGGACCUUGAAGACCAUGUAGUCCAGCCUCCCUCACCUUACCAUCCAGAAACCUCAAUUCAGAGAGGGGCAGAAUUUUCCACAAACUCCAUCAUCGAGAAAAGUAGAAAUGGAAAGUCUUGUCUGUUGUUGGCUUUUGUCUGUUAUUUUUUACUUGCACCCCUUUAGCUCAUGAGUUAAAAGGGGCAUGUCACAAAACCACACGUCAUUCAUUAAAGUAUCCCAGGCAAGUGGACCUUGAUUCUUUGUACCAAAGUUAAGUAGCCACUGUCUUAUAGUGGUGGUGGUGGUGGUGGUGGUGAAUUUAUAGAGUACUGAUUUGCAGCAAUGUUUAAGCUUUAUGAACAGUGAAACUGCAUUUAUCCAGCUCUUUUGGAAGCUAAGAUGUAUCCAAGGGGAUUUUUCAUGCAUCUGAAGUUCCCCUGUCUUCCAGCUCCAAACUUGCCCGGUAAUAGAAAAAUUGGUUCCCUGCCUUUUUAAAUAGUGAGCGUACAUGAAUUCUAUUCUGGAAGGCUGAGGCACACUUAAUGGUCCACAUGACUCACUGAACUAUUCUAUAAAGCAGUAGUGCCUUUAGGGACUCUUGAGGAAUGUAAGGCUGCUUUUCCCCUUUCUGAAUACCCUCAUGCUCCUAAAACUGAGUCCUUGCUUUGUUAUUUGGUCUAUUGCAUCAGUUCUCCCUCUUGUUAUCGACAAUGGCCUUGGUUAACUGUCCUCACCUUCAGGUUAUUAGGGCUCCUGUUCUAGAUCAUAGGGAACGGGAUGACCCCCGCCCCCAUCAAAACUAUGUCUAAGCCAUGAUAAAUCAGUUCUGCCAAAAUAAAAGUAUAUAGACUCAGAA